AUGCUACUUCCAGCCUCUGCUACAGCCUACGCCACAGCCUACGCUACAGCCUACGCUACAGCCUCCGCUACAGCCUCCGCUACAGCCUACGCCACAGCCUCCGCUACAGCCUCCGCCACAGCCUAUGCUAGAGCCUCCGCUACAGCCUACGCUAGAGCCUCCGCUACAGCCUACGCUAGAGCCUCCGCUAGAGCCUCCGCUACAGCCUCCGCUACAGCCUCCGCUAGAGCCUCCGCUAGAGCCUACGCUAGAGCCUCCGCUAGAGCCUACGCUAGAGCCUCCGCUAGAGCCUCCGCUACAGCCUCCGCUACAGCCUCCGCUACAGCCUACGCCACAGCCUCCGCUACAGCCUCCGCUAGAGCCUCAAUUUUGGGCCACACUUAA